AUGCCAGAGCUGGAGGACUUCCCUCCGUCGCGGGGUGGUCAGCCGGCCGGCCCCGACCCUGCUCAGAUCCAGCGCAGUGUUCUGGAUGAACAGGUGGAGCUGUGGUGGUUCCGGGACCCGGCCAAGUCUCUGCUGUGCUACUGUGUGGCGGUCCUCCUCAUCCUGGGCUGUGGCCUGGGUGGCGUGCUUCUCCUCUCCACCACCACCAGUUUCUCCAGUGACUGGCGCAUGGGAGCGGGCAUGGCCCUGUGUCUCUUAGCCCUGGCCGUCCUGCUCAAACAGCUCCUGAGCUCGGCUGUGCAGGACAUGAACUGUGUGCGCAGUCGCAGGCGGAUCGAUAUCCUUAAGAGCGGAGGGCUGUCGGAUCUGUUAGUAGUGCUCAUCACGGGGCUGUGUCUGGUGGUCUGUGGGGCUGUGCUGCUGAAGCUGGCUUUGGAGCACCACAUGCCCCAGCCGGGCGUGGCCCUGAACGAUAUGUACAUCUCUGGGGUGGUGUUGUUAGCUGGAGGGGGGGCAGCGGUAGUGGGGGUAGGGGUGUACACAGGGGUGGUGAUGCUGCUGGAGAGGACCAGGCCGGGCCAGAGGUUUAGGGACAGGGCUGUGGGGUUGUUCACUAUCUCUGGACGACACAUGGACCAGGGUAGGAGGGAGACCACCUCUAGCCUGGCUAACCUCAUCUGA